AUGGGGGAGGUCGCGUCGGGCCCUGGCCACGCCACCUACCGCAAGCGCCGCCGCGGACCUAGGCCGGCCGCGGGCGGGCCGCGAGUACCGUCGCGCGCUAGGCCAGGUCGCUGGCCGGCUGCCAUGGCCCCCAUGGCCAUCUCCUCUCCUAUCUAUCUUUCUAAAGAAGAGGAUAAGGAAGAGAGAAAAGAAGAAAAGAAUGAGCAUGUCGGACAUCGCAAAAAGGAUUUCGAGAUGCUCGCUGUGGAUGGCAGCAACUACCUCACUUGGGCGACCGACAUCGAGAUCACACUCGAUGGCAUGGGCCUCGAUUAUACCAUUGUUCGGCCUGAAGCUAGCAAGGAUGAGCGCACAAAGCAGGACAAGAAGGCGUUGCAUUACUUACGACACCAUCUUCACCCUGACUUGAAGUUCGAGUACAUGACGGAGAAGGAUCCACUAGUCUUGUGGCAGUCCCUCAAGGACCGCUUUAGCCAGCAGCUGACCAUUGUGCUCCCCAGAGCACAACAAGACUGGAUCAACCUACGCUUCCAAGACUUAAAGUCUGUGGCAGCAUACAACUCCGCCUUGCACAGGAUUGUGACCAAACUGCAUCUAUGUGGCCAGAAGAUCAUUGACGCUGAUAUGAUCGAGAAGACCUUGUCCACCUUCCACCCUAGCAACAUUGUACUUCAACAGCAGUAUAGAAACUCAAGGUACACCAAAUACUCUGAGUUGAGUGAAGUACUAUAUGUUGCCGAGCAACAGAAUGAGGUUGUCAUGAACAAUCAUUCUGCCCGGCCUACUGGUUCCAUAGCUGUGCCUAAAGCACAUGCUAAUGUUGCUAAGAGUUCUCACAACCGCAAGAGGGGCCGUGGAAAGGGAAAGUGA